AUGCCAAAAGAAAAAAAAACACAAAUCAGUAAGUUGAAAAGUUUCAUUCUGGAAUUUGGGGAUAAUGUAUUUUCCGCAGACGGAAGAGUUUUAUUUUGCAAAACGUGUGAAAUUAAAGUAGAAUAUGAACUUCGAUCUAGUGUAAUACAACAUAUACAAACAGUUAAACAUGUGAAAAAAACCCAACAAAUGAUUACACAAACUAGUAAAACUAAAAAGUCUACUUUCAAUAUGGACUUAUGUAAAGCAUUGCUAACAUUCCACUGA